AUUCUUCAUUUCGUUUGAGUUGGGUGUUGUGAACAAGUCCAGCGAUUUCUUUUCGGAUUAUUUUCGAAGAAUCUAAUUCUUCAGUGUAAUAUUCUAAUUCGAAAUUUGCCCUAAUCGCGACUACAAACUUCAUCGUCGAGAAAAGUGCUAACACGGUGUUUUGCAGUGUUUUUUGAACUCGCCGUUUGGAUACAAUUUCAUUCAGGACUUUAUAAGCUCCUACACCAAAAAGAAUGACCAUCGCCAGCCGCCCUUCGCUUCCCAAAGUCCAUCCCCUCUCCACCCGGCUCACUUCCGGCUGAGGAGGGACGAACCCUUGAGGGGUCGAAACGUCUCGAAAAAAAUCCAAGAUGGCGACGACGGCGCGCCGUCGCGACCCAGACGACGACAUCGCUGCCAUCGCGAAGCAGAUCUCCGAUCAGGCGGAGGCCAUCUACCAGAAUUGGAAGGCGAGAGGCUUGGGCCCUGCUGAUUUGAUCACGUGCCAUGCGGCGGGGGACACCUCCAAGCUGGGAUCGAUGUUGAAGCCGCAACAGCCGCCUUCGAAACCGGCGUCGCUCGACAUCCUCGCCCAAGCGCCCACCAUGGACAACAAUCGGCUGGAAAAGCUGGUGAAGAACUUCGUCGACGAGGACAAGGCUCGCUGCGCGGCCGCCAAAGGCCGACUGACCCCCACCGCCUCGCCGGCCAACAAGUCAUUGCCCUCGAGCAUCCAAUACGCGCUGCAGAAGUUCGAGGUGGGCGGGUACGCUCGCCCAACGGCCACUCUGCCGGCGAGGAAGGUCGCAGGGGGCGGAGCGUACGGCGUCGGUGCGGCGGUGGGGAGCGGUGAGGUGGUGGGGACGAAUAGCUACGCGUCGAUGAACGCGGUACAGAGGAAUUCUCGCAUGAGAGAGGAAGUAAAUGAAUCAGUAAAGCAGCACCAACAAUCCAAACCCACCAUCGGCCAGAAACCUCAAAUCUCCCCGAAACCCCGAAUCUCCGACACAAUCGAGAUGACGCUACCUGUGGAUAUUGCCACCGGCCUGCAAACGUGGCCUCUCAAGAACCGCGUGGUCACCACCGAUGCGGUGAAGAAGGGGGGCGGAGACAAGCGCUCUGGCCAAUCGGCUGCGAGGCCCGUCUCGUCUGGCGUCACCAUCGACGAGGUGGCGUUGGAGGAGAAGCGGCUGCUGCACGCGCUGAAGAACGGGGAGGCGGUGAGAGAGGGCGGAGCCGGUGGGCGGAACUUGAAUUCGCACGCCCACCAUCCCGUCGCCAAACAACCCCUGCCAAUCGACACCGUCGACCACGCCCCCGCCCCCCACCCAGACUCCGUCUCCGCCUUCUCGCAGGCGGCGACCAAGUGGGGCGUGCGCGGCAACACAGCGCGCCGCCCCGUCGAGCAACAGGUGCCCCACCCCGAGCUGACCACCACGCAGCGGCAGCACCUGCGCCAGAACGCUGCGUCGUCGUCGGCCAAUCCGGUGCGGCCGUUCCUGACGCGCGGGUCGGUCGCCGAGCGCGUGUUGAUCUUCGAGCGACGGCCCAGCGCCGAGCUAUUGGUCGAGAAGAGGGGACGGGGCGUGGCAGGUGGAGGGGGCGGGGCGGGGCAGCGGCAUCAGGUGGGAGGAGCGCAGAUUUUACCGAAGCAACCUGUGCCACACACGACUUUGCAGAGGCACGUCAGAGCACACAGAAACGUCAAUAUACCGAGGUUUCAUUUCCCUUCGGGCAAACCGGUGCCUCCUGGACAAUCGGAUGUCAUCAAAACGAAGGUUGCGGCAGCUUUUUCGAAAAUCGGUGAAAGGGCAUCGAGAGAACAUUUCGGCGCUCUCACACAGGCCUGCCAGCUGCCCCUCUAUUGGAAAACACCCUUAUAUUUGGCUGCGUGCGCAGACAAGGGUAGUUGUACCCAAGAUCAGUUCAUGACUUUUUGGCAGGGUAUGUCCGCCCAAUGCCACGAUUCGGCCGCCCGGUUCGUCUACAUCCUGACCAGGGGUCGUAGGGUCUGGUUGGCGCCCGAGGACUUCAUCCCUCUCGUUCAGGACGUGGUGGAAACGCACCCCGGCCUGACUUUCCUCAAAGAAGCCACCGAAUUCCAUUCGAGAUACGUGCAUACGGUCAUAGCCAGGAUUUACUACUGCGUGAACAGGUCUUGGUCUGGAAAAGUCACGAUACCGGAAUUGAGGAGAUCGAACCUGUUGGCCAUCAUACAACUUCUGGAAGAAGAAGAGGACAUCAACCAGAUCACUCAGUUCUUCAGCUAUGAACACUUCUACGUGAUCUAUUGUAAAUUUUGGGAGCUAGACAAGGAUCACGAUUUGUUCAUAGACAAGCAGGAUUUGACGAGGCACAACGAUCACGCUCUAUCGACCCGCAUCAUCGACCGAAUCUUCUCGGGCUGCGUGACACGCGGCCACAAAAAGCACCAGGACGAGAAGAUGUCCUACACGGAUUUCGUGUGGUUCCUGCUGAGCGAGGAGGACAAGUUGCACCCGACCGCUGUGGAGUACUGGUUCCGGUGCAUGGACCUCGACGGCGACGGGUUCCUGUCCAUGUACGAGUUGGAGUACUUCUACGAGGAGCAGAUGCACCGGAUGGAGGCCAUCGGGAUCGAAACGUUGCCCUUUCAGGAUUGUUUGUGUCAGAUGUUGGACAUGGUGAAACCGAAAACGCCUGGCAAAGUGUCUCUCAGCGACCUGAAGAGGUGCAAGAUGACCGCCAUUUUCUACGACACCUUCUUCAAUCUGGAAAAAUAUCUGGAUCACGAGCAGAGGGAUCCGUUCGCAUCGCAAAGGGAUCACGAUCUGGACGGUCAAGAGAUGUCCGAUUGGGACAGAUAUGCCGCUGAGGAGUACGAGCUUCUGGUAGCUGAAGAAGGAGGGAAUGACCAACAAGAUAGCCUCUCAUUCGAUGAAGGUAAUGAGGAGGACCUGCUGUCGCAGCAUCUAGAUGGCGCUCUAGAUGACGAAGACGACCCCGCAGAAUUGACAGAUGACAGUGACGAGUGUAGUAUCUAGCAGACCUGUAGUCAUGUGUAAGAAUCACAGAUAUUGUCUUUGAAUAGAGUUUAUCUUUCGAGAG